CGAUGUAAAGUGAAGGUUAGGUUAACUUUCGAUGAAAUAUUAAAAAAAAACAAAAAAUGUGUGGUUGCAUUACAGUAUUGUUAUUGCAUUAUUCGGAACUUGCAAAGAUACGCGAUGUCUAAACAGGUUAAACGCAAAAUAACAGUUAAUAUUAAUCCUAAAACUAAAACACUUCCAAAAAACCGACCGAGUGUCUUUGAAAGAUUAGGAACGAAAGCGGCGACAGUUCAUCAAGAGGUUUGUCAUCAUUGGGCACAAAACGGUACUUGCCCGUAUGGAAAGGGCUGUAAGUAUUCAUCUACUCAUACCCUUAUAAGUCCAUCAAAGCAGAGAGCAGCAAAAAAAGAAAACGAGUCUAAAAAACGUCACAGUAAAGAGAAUGCUCACAAAAAAGUUCAUGCUAAAAUCGGACAAACUUCUGAGGAUUGGGGGCAGUGGGAUCCUACUGAACUAGAUGAUGCUGAUCCAGACGAUUUAGAAAAGAGGAGACUUGAAUUACAACGUGAGCUUGAACGUCAAAUGAAAAUGGAAAAUAAAGCAAGAAAGAAAGAAAAGAAAGUAAAGAAAGAAAGCAGCCCUUCUUCAGAAAGUUCUAGCAGUUCAUCAGAUUCCAGUUCUUCAAGUGAUGAUUCUAGUUCUACUAGUUCUUCUUCUGUGGAGGUUCGUAAGAAAACCAAGAAGACUAAGUCACAUCGAGGAAGUUCUUCAUCAUCUGAUGCUGAGAAGUUACGAAAGAAAAGAUCAAAAAGCAAAAAACACAAUUCUAAACGAGCAGCUCGUUAUCUUUCAAGACCAAAAAAAGAUGUGCCUUCAAAGGUUAAAUCUGUUAAGUUGCCAAGUCCUGUCCAUGCAGUAAAAAAAUCUCAAACUCCUCCCAUUAAAUUAAAAACCGUAAGUGUCUCUAAAACACUUCCUCAUCCUAAGUCACCGCGACCUUCUAGUAGUUCUGAUAAUCAUAAGGAGAAACAUAGAACACCAUCUCCUAAAGCUUUAAAAGAAAAAGAGCGUGAUCGUGAAAGAGAAAAAGCAAAAGAACGUGAAAAAGAGAGAGAAAGAGAAAAAGAAAGGGAAAAAGACAAGGAACGAGAGCGUGAACGUGAAAGGGACAAAGAACGAGAGCGUGAAAAAGAAAAAGAACGAGAGAAAGAAAAAGAACGAGAACGCGAAAGAGAAAAAGAAAGGGAAAGAGGUAGAGAUAAAGAAAAGGAAAAAGACCGAGAUAAGAAAAGGGAACUGAAAUCCCCAAAACGUGAAUCACGUACUCAAAAAACCUCAAGAAAACAGGACUCGCCUGAUUCAGGUCAUUCAAAAGACCGAAAAUCGUCACCAGGUAAAUCUAAAAUUCGUACGAAUAGCGUUAAUCGUAAGGAAGUUAGAAGAAAUUCUCCACCCUCCCGCGAUGAUCGUCGUAAUGAAAAAAGGGAUGAUCACGAGCGUAACCGAAUAAGAGAUAGAACAAACGAGAGGAACCGUAAGGAUAAAAGAGAAUCAGUUGAAAGAGAUCGUGAGAGAGAACGAAAGUUAACCAGAGAAGAAAGAGAGGCCGCAAGAGAAAAAGAGCGUGAAGAGGCUCUUGCACGUUGUCAGGAAAGACAAAGAGAGCGUGAAAGGUUGAAAGAAUUGGUAAAGAAGGACGAAGAGCGAAGAAACAGGGAUCGAAGUCGUCGAGAUGAUAGAGGUUUGGAGAAACCACCAACUGAUAGGGUUGAACGUUUACUUCCAUUGCCUGCAGAAAGAGUACCACCAUGUAGGCGUGACCUAUCGCCAGGUGAUUCUUUAUCAGGUAGACAUAGAGACCGCAAGGAGAGAUCUUCAGAUAGGAAUAGACCAAGUGGUUCUCGUAGAUCCUUAGAAAGACAUAAUCGUUUAGACCGAGAAUCUGAGAGAAUUAACCGAAUAGACCGUGAAAGAGACGACCUUUAUAAUUAUAACCAUGCCGAUAGAAAUUACAACAGGGAAAGGGAUUUGGAUAGAGAAAGAGAAUAUUGCGCGAUUCCUCCCAGAAUGAGAGAACAAGAACGACGACACGGCGAUCAAAAUUAUCAUAGUCCCUAUGACCACGGUCGUCACGAAGAUCAUCGUUAUAUGGAACUCGAUGAAAGAUAUAACGACAAUUCUCGAGAUGAGCGAAUAUCAUUAGAGGCAAGGGAAUAUGCAGAAGAUCCCAGGGCACUUAACUGGGAUAUGAGAGAUGAAAGAGAUCUUGACCAAAGACAUUAUGGUAGGGAAGAUUCCAGGCCACCAUCUUUAAAAGGCAGGGAAUGGGAAGUUAAUGAUUAUGGGGAACGAGAUUGGGACCGAGCUAGAAGGCCAAUGGAUUGGGAUGCUAGAGCAGCAUGGAACAUGAGGGAACAUGAACAUAUUCCAAUGGAAGAAGAGUGGAGGCAUUAUAAUAGAUCUAUGGAUAGUUGGUCAAAUGAUGAAAGGAAGAGAUGGGCAACGGAAUGGCGUGAGCAUAGGGAACAUUCUAGACCUAGAAGUGCACUUUCCCACAGAGGUGUUGAAGAGCACAUUGAUCCAGGUACUCGAGAUAUCCAGAGGGAACCUUCCAGAGAUUUAAUUCGAGAAGGUAAUAGGGACAAUGUACGAGAUUUAAGGGAUUCCGUUCCAAAAAAAGAACCUGUCAAAGAAGAAGUUCCACUUCCUGAAGAAGAAGAUGAGAAUACCAAGAAAGAGAACGCAAAGAGGCCUGCAGAACAGCCUUUAGAAGAAGCACCUGAGCCAAAACGGCUGUGUCUAAAAGAACCAAUUCUUGAAGAUGAUCUCAGUGAAAUAAGCGAUGAUGCCGAUGAAAUUCUAAAUAGAGAAGAGGAGAUUCAAGAAAAGGCUAAAGAAAAUCUUGAAGAACAAACUGACGCAAAUACAUCUGAAAAGGAUUUGUUACUAAAUCAGCAGCAGCCAAGUACAUCUUCCCAAAAAUCUCAUUCUCCUGCACAACAUAUAUUGAUCAAGGAAGAUUCUUUGGAAGAAGAAAAUAUUGAUUUAGAUUUUGAAGAAAUAUCAGAAGAUGAAUUAGAAGAAGAAGCUCGGAUCAAGGGAUUGGGUGAUGCUUUGGGUGUGGACUGGGCAAGUUUAGUUGCAGAAUCUAAGCCUCGAGUUAAACCAGUUAGCUCUGCCAAAAGAAGAUGGGAAGGGCAUAACAUACUACUUAAUCUAGGAAUAUCUGUAGAAAUGGCAGGUGAAGAUACAGUUAAAAAUGUAUUUAAACAACAUGUUAAUGCAAAAAUUAUGGAAGAAAAGGAAAAUAUUUCAAAAUUGAAAGUCACUGAACAAAUUAAAGAAGAAGAAACUGAAGUAGAAAUUAAAGAAGAACCCAGAGAUGAAAAUGAUUUGCCUGCUGUGAAAAUUGAAAGCCAAGUUGUAGAGGUAAAAAUGGAAACAUAUGAAGAACAAUAUGAAAAUAUUCCCAUUGAAGUUGAAAUUUCACAUCCUAUAGCAGCUAUUCAAGUUUGCUUAAAGGAAGAAGAGGCUGUGCGAAGAAAUUUAUUUACUAGUGCAGGCUCUUAUAGAAGGGCUCUGUCUGCAAGAAGGGAUCUUGCAAUUCGAAGACAUCUUUGCCGGCUUCCAAUAACAGAUAGUUUUGUAGAAGCUCCAAAAAGACAUGACCCUGAGCUGCUAGCAAUUGCAAUAAAACUGUUUGAAAGAUGUUUAUAGCACUAAAUAGAGCAUAAUGAAAGUUUUUUGCAAGAAAACUCUGCAUUAACAUUAUUUAUCAUUAAUACAGUGAAAUUUUGUGUAGAACUGUUGGACAAACUGAGUUUUGAUUGUGUCCAAAGAAAGAGCAUAUUCAAAAAAGUGAACACUUAUAAAAAUAUGAUUAGUUUUUUGUUUUAGAGACAAUUAAUUGCGUUACAAAAUUAAAAUUAAAAAAAAAAUAUGUCCAUUGUAAAGUAGUUUUGUAUGUGGAGGCUACAUCAAGAUAUAAAUAAAGAAUUGGAAAACAAAUAAGUGAUCAGAAACAUUAAUGAUUAGAUUACAGAAAGUAUUGAUUAAUUAAAUUACUGGAAUUUUAAAAAUUAUUGGACUGUUUAAAAGAAAACUGUUUAAACUUCAUAUUUAGAUAGCAUACAAAGACGUUUCUACAAUAAUUAGAUCUAAUGAAGAUAUUUCUACUAUUUGCAUCCUAUAUACCUACUCUCACCUUACAGUUUUACUUAGAAAUAUUAAUAUUCGCAUGAAAACUAAUAAUGUUGACGAAAAAGUUGUAUAUCUCAAUAAUGCUAAAACGUUCUUAAAACGAUAGUUUUCCCUAAGAACUGUGUUGUAAAAAACUCUAUAUGUGUUAUGAAUACUAUUUAAAAAGUAGCAUUUCUAGAGUUAAAAAAUUUAAUUGUAAAGUAAAACCUUGAUACCUAAUGCCUAAAACGAAAAUUAAAAGCUAAAAUUUUAAUUGCAGAUAUACAGUAUACAUGUAUAAAUAAUAUUGGUUUGAUUACAUGGAACCUUUUAUUAUGUCUGAAUUCUAUACUGUGGAAGUUGAUAUUUAAUUUAUUGUUACCUAGAAUUUACAUAAAUACAUUUCAUUAUCAGGAGCAGAAUUUUUGAUGUUUUGUAAUUUUGUGUAUAAAUUGGGGUAAUUUGUAGAAAGCGUUUAUUACAAAUAUAGUAUAGUUCUUGUCUAAAUUUAUUUUACUCAUUUUAGAUAGAUAGGUUUGGGAUUGGUAUAUACAUACAUGAAUUUUGACUUAUUUGAUUCCUUUACUGGGUGUGUAAUAAUUAAUUGGAAAUCAAAUUAUUCUUGUAUGUAUUUAUUUCAUUUCUUAUAAGUGUACCUCUAAUUGGCUGGCAAACAAAUACAGA